AAUUCAUGACAAUGAGCGUGGCGACCACCAUGACGAAAAUAAGGAACCUGAGGAGCCCGGAAUGCGUGACAUCACAGCUCCUCCCAGCUACCUAAGGCGCCGCGCGCUCUCUGACCUCACAAACACGGCUUCUCCUGGCACGGGCUGGUUACGCCCUCCAGCUGCGCCCCCUACACGACGACAGACGCGUCCCCCAGCCCUUCUCCCGUCCUACCACUUGUGGCGGCCAUGAAGGGGACCCCCAGCUCCCUGGACACCCUGAUGUGGAUCUACCACUUCCACAGCUCCACCGAGGUGGCCCUCCAGCCCCCGCUUCUGUCUUCCCUGGAACUGUCCGUGGCCGCAGCCCAUGAAUAUCUGGAGCAGAGGUUCAGAGAGCUGAAGUCCCUGGAGCCACCGGAGCCGAAGCUGCAGGGGAUGCAGGGGAUGCAGGGGAUGCAGGGGAUGCAGGGGAUGCAGGGGAUGCAGGGGAUGCAGGGGAUGCAGGGGAUGCUGCCUGCCCCGAAGCCCACCCUGGGGCUGGUGUUAAGAGAAGCCACAGCCAGCCUCGUGAGCUUCGGCGCCACCUUGUUAGAGGUGGGGUACUGGGGGGCUCAGGAUACGCGGCGAUCGGGCAGCGGGAACAAGGACCUCUGCCUCCCCGCUAACCCUUGUGCCCCCAAUGCAGAUCUCCACCCUGUGGCUGCAGCAGGAGGCGCGGCGACUAGACGGCAGCGCGGGCCCAGCCCCAGACGGCAGGGAUCCGGGUGCAGCGCUGAGCCGGGUAGCCCAGGCCGCAGGGCAGGGGGCUUGGCAAGCUGGGGCUGCGGUGGGCGCCGGCGCCCGGCUCCUAGUCCAGGGAGCGUGGCUAUGUCUGUGUGGAUGGGGUCUGCAGGGGUCUGCCUCAUUCCUGCGACAGUGGCAACAGCAGCUAGGCCUCGGAACCCCCGGAGAACCGGUGAGCUCGGGACGCGGGGUGAGUUAGGGGCCAGAGGCGGCGGGGCUAGGGAGGCACUGAGCCGGACCGUCCCCCAACAGAGCUACGCAGGAGACCUCCAGGUGACGUCCAGCAGCAGUGAGGACAGCGGACCAGGGAAUCCAUCCCUGUACCAGCCCCACCCAGCGUCCGAAUAAAGCCCAGGGCGGGGCGAGACAGCCAGAGCUUU